AUGGGUCAUCACACAGGUGGGAAUAACUAUGUCUGCCUGCAAAGCGCCUUGAAUUCUAUCGGUCACACUGGUGUCCUAGUCUCGACGGACGGGGGCAGCCUGAUGACACGACUACUUCAUGGGACCACACCAACACCGCCACCACCACCACCACCUCCAUCCAGUCUGCCACCGGGACCGCCCCAAAUGGCAUCUACCGCGUCUACUCAACCGUCUCAGUCCACACAGCCACCACUCCCCGCACUACCGAUUUCAUCUCAGCACACAUAUCAGUCUGGAACACUGGUCCUGUCCUCGCCCACGACCGGACGCGAGGUCAGUGAGGACGAUGCGGGUUCAACAACUACGAUACAGCCAACCGGUUAG